GCCAACCAGAGCCAGCCUCGCGGGCACAGCAAGCAAUCUUCAGGGGCUCCAAAUAAUUGCAAUAAUCUGUGCGCAGAACAGAGACUCACAACCACCACAUACACUGCACCCCAUCUCCCAUCACAGAUCGAAAAUACCUGGGCCAUCUACGACUUAAUCUGGCUAUUGUAUUGGCAGUUGCAAUUCCUCUCCCGUCUGUUCAAAGUCUUGAUCCGCACCAGUCGUCGGAUCCUCCUUACCGACACCAAAAAUACACCAAAGGGCGGCAGAACCAACAUCCCAGUCUCAGAAUUCCUUCAAUUGCUGUCUCAGUCCCUCCCACGACCUCACCGCGACGGGCAUUCCUCCCCAUGAAUCACUCUCCAUUCCAAUAGCCACGCUCGCGACCCGACCGACCGACUGACCGAUUUGCCUAUCUCCCCCGAAGCUAUGCCCUGGCAACCCCUCCCACGCAUCGCCUUCGCCGUCGCAACCUACCCCUUCACAGCCCAAGAUGCCGCAGACCUACCUCUCGAACUCGGCGACGAGCUGUACAUCAUCGAGCAGGGCGGCAAGAAUGGAGACUGGUUUCGCGGGUAUCUCGUUGCGCCGCCGAGUCUGCUCGCCGGCCUCACGAGCGUCAAGGGCCAGACCCUCGAGGCGCGCGUCUUCUCUGGUAUAUUCCCGCGCAGCUGUGUAGAAGUUAGAGAGGUGCUGGGCGAGGAUGAGGAGGAUUCCCAAAGUGAGGAGCACAGUGAGGCGCCGACGGUUGUCAAUGGCAAGGGGAGUUCACAUGUCAGCGUUGAUGCGGACGGAAGCCCUCUGGCUAGUCCAAAAAGUAUACAGCUGGGGAAGAAGCCACCUGUGAAGAGCAAUGGGGUAUCUCCCAGCAGAACUAAGAGCUCGAGUAGGAAGAAACGCCUUACGAAUGGAUCGGCGCUGUCUCUGGCCGUACCUCGAGAUCCCAAUGCACCGAAACCGCCUGCUCCUGUGCCGAUGCUGAAGAUUGGAGAUGAGACACCGACUUCUACUUCGGAACCGCUGGUCGACGAAAUUGCGUCCUGUCUGCGAGAAUGGCAUUCUACGAAUUUACACGAGCUGCUGCUUUCGAGGCAAUACCCCCUGCUGGAUAAGAUGACAAGCUUGGUACAGACAUUGGAUUUGUCGAGGAGGCAGUUCUUGCAUAAUGUGCUGACAACGCACGAGAUGGUGGCACUCAGGGAGAAAACAGUAUGGGAUUUAGUGAAGGGAAACAAAGUAUUUAAUGGGGAGGUCAUAGUACGGGAUCCUGCUGAAAGAGGGAGAGUUCUUACGGGCGACGAUUCCGCGGUGGAAAUUACAAAGUUACAGUCUAUGAUGAGUCUGCUGGAGGAACGACCGCAGCCGGUUGCGAACGAGAGCCUGACGUUACACCACUUACUGAUCGACGUACGCACCUUCGUCGGCGCAAGCACCGAAUCCACAACACUAGUCUUCUUUCUGGCAUCGAAAGCUCCUGGACAAAGUGCGGUUGCGCUGAGUGAGAGUUAUAUCGUGGAGGUUCCCCCUAGUGGAGCUAUGACUAGUUUGGCUCAGGCAGGGCAGAUGCGGACUUUGUUUACGGAUCUGGCUGCGUCUGAUAUUGGGGAUUCGACUGCUGCCGAUAGUGAGCUGUACUUAGUGGUAAAGAUCCAGUCAACACAGCAGGUCAUUGGAGGAAAGCCAGCUUCGAGAGGUGGACUCAGCUCACGAGAUGGUUCGCAAACACAUAGGAGUGACAAGCCGCCAUCUACUGUGGGAAGCAAGUCUGGAAGGAGGAGCUUAAUGUGGGGCCAAAAAGCCCAAAGGACUGCUUUCUCGCGAAAUGCUCCCAUAUCCUCAAAACUCAAUUCCCUUGCAGAAGGACAGGAAAGUCGGGAUGGGCCACCAAAUACAGCGGAAUCGAAAGCCUCAGAACGAAAGUCGAGUUCCGUAAGCCGGAUCGUCAACAAAACAGUCGGUAUUGGGACACUAAGAAUCAACUCUCUUAUGAAACAGGACGAGGAAAUCGAACAGGUCCUUCCAAUUUGGGCUCCAGCAACGGGAUUUGGUCAAGAGAAGGAGGAAGGUGAAGGCUGGGAAGAAGUCAUCAAAGACCUAAUGUCGAGCAAAUCUGGUAAUUACGCGAAGUCGAGACGAGCAGAACGCCUACAAAUCCACCUCAAAGCGUUUCAGAGCCCUGACGCGGACGUGCUGAUCAAAGCUACCCCAACAUUACUCGCUGGAGUUGCCAAGACAAGUAAAAUGGGCUUUUCUGGGGCUCCAACCAAAGCGAGAUCCGAUAUUUAUGUUACGAUUGACGAAGCGUUUCUCCCACGACAUGCACUUAUCUCGCGCGCAAUCGGCAGCGCAUCACCCCUAUCUUCUAGCAUUGCUGGAAAUAACCUCCAAAUCACUCUUGAAGUAUGUCGAGCAAGUGGUGAAAGGCUGGAGAAUUGUAUAUACCCAUCUUCGAAUUCAGAGCUGGCGGUAUCUUCCUGGGAGUCUACUGCAGCGGAGAAAGGCGAUGCUUGGAACCAAACACUACGGCUUGCUAUUCCUCCAGCGGAUGUGCCGGGAUGUCAUCUGGCUAUGACACUUGCCGAUGCUCCUAAUUCACCAUUCGCGAUCUCUCACAUACCGCUUUGGGAUCAAUCGGCUUUCAUGAGAGAUGGACAUCACUCGUUAUUGCUCUACCGGUAUGACGACCAGACUAGUGCUGCGAAAGGAAGGGAAGGCAGGGUCGGAUACCUGAACGUACCUUGGAAUGCAAGGGGCAAAGAUGAUGUGAGCAAAGAUGAGGCUGUGACCGGACCCAUCGCGACAUUGAGGCUACAAACCUUCCUUUGCAGUACGCGAUUCUCGCAAGACAAGGUUCUGCUUGGAUUACUAAAGUGGAAAGAGCAGCCGCCAGGAGACGUACAGGAGCUGCUGAAACGACUGGUUUUCGUGCCGGAAAUCGAGAUUGUCAAGUUGUUGAACGAUGUCUUUGAUGCCAUAUUCAGCAUCCUGGUCGAACAUAGUGGAAAUGACGAUUACGAGGAUCUUAUUUUCAGCGCGCUGGUCACAGUCCUGGGCAUUGUACACGAUCGAAGAUUUAACCUUGGUCCUCUGGUUGAUCACUAUGCGGAAAACAAGUUCAAUUAUCCAUUCGUAACGCCAUGCUUGGUGAGAUCUUUCACCAGGCUUCUCUCCAAUCCUUCAGAUCCUGAGACCUCGAGGAAAUUGCGGGCAACAUUCAAAGUCGUGAGGCAUAUCCUAAAGUUCAUCACACACGCAAGAGGCCAGCAAAAAGCUAAAGAAGCAGGCAUUGGUAUCACGAGCACCUCCCCUGGAUUUACCCGCCACCUGAGAAGCAUCUUCAAGGCUUUAGACGGACUCAUGAGAAGCAAUGCUCCAAUACUCGUGGGAAGUCAAACGCUUGCCGUGCAGCAUUUCCAUACUUGGCUUCCUGAACUCACCGGUCUACUAAGCACCGAGGAGAUUCUACAUAUUGCGAUUGAUUUCAUGGAUUCGUGUGCUCUGGUCAAGGGAAAGCUGGUACUUUACAAGCUUGUUUUAAUCAUCAACUACUCUCGACUUGAACUUUUCGCGAACCCCGAACAAAGAGAAGCCCUCUGCACGAAUACUGUUCGAUGGAUCGCACCUCACUGGGGAAAGACAGCAGAGGUGACCGAUCAAUGGAGAGAGCAGAUUCGACUCUGUUGCUCUAUUCUCUCCACACAAAUCGACAAUCUUGGGCCUGAGAUUCCAGAUUACAUCGCAAAGAUCGUCGACUCGUACCUGGCUGUCCGUGCAGUUCCAAAAUCAGAUAAGACACGAUUAUCCCUGCUCUUCCCAAUGACAUAUCCAUUCCCUACGAAGCCAAUAUCUGGAAAAGUGCAAUUCGAUGAAGUGCUCAUCGAGUUGUCUGCUAUCCUCUCUUCGAUAUCAACACUACCUGCAGGAAUGCAAUUGGAUCUCGCGGACGAGGAAAUGGCUGUGCUUUUGGAAGAUAUAAUGCAUGUACAUCUGAGUAUACUGGAUUGCGAGGCUUUCCCUGCGAAUUGGUUGAGUGUGCAUAUCUUCCACCACAAAUCGACGAUGAAGACCUUGGAAUAUGUGGCUGGGAUUCUGCAUGAAUCUUUCCUGCCUCAUCCGGAUGACGCCGAGAACUAUAACACGGAAGUAUGGAAAGCUUUCUUCACAGUGCUAUUGAAACUUGUUGGAAGCGAUGCACUUGCGCUCGAGACAUUCCCUGAGCAGAAACGUCGUGCUGUAUGGAAGAUUGCAGGAGAUGUACGAGAACACGGUGCUGACCUACUUCGACGAACUUGGGAGGCGAUCGGGUGGGAGACAAGUUCAGAUGAGCGACAGCGAUACUCAUUGGCCAAGAUGGGUGGAUACCAAGUGCAAUACGUCCCAGUUCUUGUCGGACCUAUUGUAGAGCUCUGCCUGAGUGUCCAUGAAGGACUCAGACGAGUGGCUGUCGAAGUCCUCCAGACAAUGAUCGUCAGUGAGUGGACUUUGAGCGAGGAUCUCUCUGUUAUCCAGACGGAGAUGAUUGACUGCCUGGACCGCUUGUUCAAGUCGAAACCUUUGACGGAAAGUAUCCUCCAGAAGCUCUUCAUCAACGAGCUUCUCGGUCUUUUCGAUCCACUUGCCCAAGUCAAGGAUGAUUCGCUAUAUGCCGCUAUCAGAGAUCUUAUUGCUACGAUUGACGAGUUCUUGGAUCUUCUAGUUGCUGUUCAUAGCACUGAUGUUACUGAUGAAGCGUCACAUAUGAUCCACAGGCUCAGGUUGAUGGAGUUCUUGCGAGAUAUGCAGAAAGAGGAGAUCUUCAUCCGAUAUGUCCAUCAACUUGCCCAGCUACAAGCGGAUGCACGAAACCCAACAGAAGCAGGUCUUGCACUUCGGCUUCAUGCUGAUCUUUACGAGUGGGACCCAACGAAGAUUGUACCGCCGCUUACGGAUCCCGAGUUUCCAGCGCAGACUCAGUUUGACCGCAAGGAGCGCAUCUACUUUGAGAUCAUCAAGCAUUUCGAAGAGGGUGAGGCUUGGAGUAGUGCAUUGUCUGCUUAUCAGGAACUCCAAGCGCAAUACCAGGACAAUGUGUACGAUUUACCUAAGCUGGCUCGAGCACAACGCGCCAUUGCUACGAUUUACGAGACCAUUGCCAAGGCUGAUAAAUUGGUUCCUAAGUACUUCCGCGUUACGUAUAGGGGCAUGGGCUUCCCGCCAAGCUUACGAGACAAGGAGUUUGUGUUUGAAGGUUCACCGACUGAGCGGACGAGCGCUUUCACAGAUCGUAUGCAAGAGCAACAUCCUUCAGCACAGAUUGUCACUUCUGGUGAUGUGGAUGAUGUUGAGGGUCAAUUCUUGCAGAUAUCUGCCCUCACGCCACAUCGGGAUCUUGGGCAUCAUGUCUUCCAACGUGCUCGUGUGCCACAAGUUGUCCGUGACUACUUCCUAUCAGCUCACCCUCAGGUAUUCUCAAUUACAAGCAAGAGGAAUACGGCAGGUCCUGUGCAGGAGCAUUCAGCAGAGAAAAUAUUGUACAGGACUUCCGAGGCAUUCCCGACAAUCCUACGACGAAGUGAGAUUGUUGCUAUAGAUCGCCUGAGACUCAAUCCUCUACAAACGGCAGUCGAGCGCAUUAUUCGCAAGACUGCCGAAAUGACUGUGGUUGAAAAACGAGUUAUUGAUGGUGAAGAUGAUAUGGCUCCUCUCCUCAUCGACGCUCUUCAGAUCUCGGUCAAUCCAGGCUCAGAAACCACAGUUGCGCGAUAUCGAGAAUUGCUUCCAGUUGCAGCUGAAGAAGAUGAAGUCCAAGAAGUAGAAUUGAGUCCUCUGCAGAAUGCACUCAAGACUGCACUUAUCGAUCAUGCCGUGAUGAUCAGACGCUGUCUGGCUAUGCUUUCGAAGACUCCCGCUAUCGGCUCGGUAGAGCGGGAAGCUGUCUUGCAGAGUAAGUAUUUUUCUCGCAUCCAUAUGUUCUUCUACUAAUGCAACGCAGACUUCGAAGCAACCUUCGCCCCUGAACUCGCAUCAUUCGCCUUCCCCCAGCAAGCAAAAUCUCCAACCCCUACGCCAAGCUGGGCCAUCGCAAGUCCAGUUCUCAGUGACGGCUCUCGCCGCGAGUCCCAGAUGCUGGGUAUUCGUCUACCAAACAGCGCUACAAACGGCUCUCUCGCCACAACAGAUACUGGAAUUCUCGACACUCCAGGUGCCCGAGCAGGUCGCAACCGCCUCUCCUUCCUCAAACGCCAACAACCACAAACGCAAUCCCAAACCCCCGAACCAAUGCUCAACGGCCUCUCACUAAACGGAGUAUCACAUAAAGAUUUCCCGGCCGCACCCCGUGGCACGACAGCCGACCACGAGGACAACAUCUCAACAUCCACCCGCUCCCGCUCGAAAUCCCAGUCCCGCUCCAAAAGUGAGAGUAAAGACAAUCGGCGCUCCUCCUUCUUCGGCGGCACUACCUCUGCGCUGAGCUCCAUAGGUCGAGGGCGCGGCCGCCUGGAGAAAGAUGAUGAGAGUGAGUGGAUUACUCAGAGCGAUCUUGCGAGCCAGUUUAAUGAGAUGGGGAAUGGGAAUGGAUAUGGGAAUGGAAAUCAUGGAGCGUAUACGGGCAAAAGAAGCUCGAGUAGUAACCGCCCGGCUACGGCAAAGAGUAGUGCUGGUGGGAUGAGUGUGAGUUUGUCCAGGGAUGGGAGCGUGGGGAGUAAGGUGGGGAGUGUGAGGAAGAGGUUGAGUCGUCUGACCCUGGGGAAGAAGAGUAGUAAGGCGAGUGUGUUGGUGGGGAGUGUGGCUGAGGAGGAUUGAGCGCUCGUCUUCCUGGUGAUGAAGUGUUACCUCGGACGCAACGAUGAAUGGUGGAAUUUUUCGACUUUCUUGAACAUUUCGGCAUUUGAAAGCUUGGGAUAUGCCUUUCCCGAAGCAGAAGCGAGGCGAGGGAAGGAAAAGCCUGGAUAUAUCUUGAUUGCGCUCAAACCGGUGCAGUACAUACGAUGUGUAAUCGAGCCUUUCGAUCUCCUUUUUUGUGUUUGGGUUUACUUCUUUUCAACAAAACAAGCGAGCGUGGAGCUGGGCCUGGGCUGCGCGUACCAUAUUUUCUUUGGAGUGGAAGGGAAGGAUUGCUGGAUGGAAGGAAGGAUUUUUGCGUGCGUAAUUGAAUGGAGAGAAACAAUACCCCCCCGUCUGCUUUUCUUUGCACUGUAUUGUAUUGUAUGUUGUUGUUGUUGUUGUUGUUGUUUGUUGAGUUGACUUGGCUUCACCACCACUACUAGCACCAUUUUUUUGUAAUUGGGGAUUAUUUCUUCUUCGAGAAUUUGUGGGGUGGAGAUAUGGGAGAGAAUGAAGGGAGAAUAGGGGGAGAAUUGUAUUAUACCUUGCUGAGAGGGGUGGGAUAGAUGGUUGAGUAAAUAGUGUGUGAUGAUUGAGAGAGCCAGGGUGGGAAACAGAGGAGAUGGGUGUGUAGAAAUGGAAGUUGAUGAAACCACAAACUACAAAACAGCCAAAUCGUCG